GUGAUCUGACAUCAACCCCUCAGUCAGUCAGUGGAUGCAAAAGAUUGAUUCUUCUCAUCAAGCUGACACCCAAUCCGAAGCCUAGUUGCAAGAAAGGUGAGUCUGCAGAAUGCCGACCCCUCCCAACACCCCAUUUGUCCUCCAAUGGCCGGGAUCUUUGCUCCCACCAGAGGACGUGGACUCCUCGGAUGAAGACGAUAUACUCUCUUCCGACUCCGAUUCGGAGGCUGACACUGGUUCAGAACCAUCCAAUGAUGAGGGUAACUGGCCCGAAUGCGGAUCCGACCUCCUAAGCCCGUUCGACGGGAUUGUAGACACGCUCUGCUAUAAGAGCGACGUGACUGUGGUCAUCCAUAAUGGCAGAUGGCAGUAUAAAAUACUGUGCAGCUCGCGACACCUCGCGGAAGCCUCCCCAUACUUCUAUGCUCUGUUCGAGCCCAACUUCGAGGAAGGCAUCCGGUUCAGAGAGACCGGCCAUUUGACCCUUACUUACGACGACGUCAAUCCUGCAGCGUUCUACACGGUCAUGCAGGCUGUCCACGGUAGGUGGGCCAAUAUGCCGAGCGGCGGUAUCGAAAUGGCCUUGCUCAAGGAUAUUGCCCAGGUGGUUGACAAGUUCCAUCUGUUUAGGCCCGUGAUGCCGGUUGUCACCACCUGGGUGGAGAACAUGUGGCCCGGCGACCCGGAGCCGUCCGAUGCGCAGGUCAUCGACUGGAUGCUGUACAUCAUGUGGGUCUUCAACGUGCGCGACGGCUUCAAAGAAGCCACGGGUACGCUGAUCAUGCAACAUCCGCACAUGGUCCCGCCUCCCGACGCCGUGCUGCCGCUUCCGAUCUACGAGAAGAUCAACGUGGCCAGAAGCAACAUGUUGCGCGAAAUGCGCGUGGCGCUGCGGGACGAGAUCCAACGCGUCCGAGGCUUCUGUAACCUGGCCGAUCCCAACGGCGACCAGCGCACCCGAAUGUGGCGGAAGAUCCUGCACCUCGCGCGGUAUCCGCUGUGCACUGAAAUGUCCCCUUCGAAACUCCUGCGACUGGUCCACCAGGGCAAGCAAUGCGUUCAACGAACCUAUGACCGGUUGCACCUCGUGGAUAAACCAACACCACGGGCCUGCUCGUCGUAUGGAGAUCGGCUGGUGGAGACAUUGGAGCAGGCUGUCGCAGAUCCAGGGCUGACGCUCGGUGACACCCGCCUAGAUUCGGCCUGGAAUCACCACUGGCCUUGGAAUGCCCCUGCUGUGGAUUUUGAUCAUGUCGGCUGGCCUUACGAGAUUGAUGGCUAUGACGUCAACAAUUGGGACUUCGAAGAUCUGAGAGAUAUGAAGGAGAUGGGCAGACAUUGGGUGGAACCCUACACUGAAGAGUAAUUUGCAUGUACGGAGUAAGUAGCCUGGGAUGUCCAAACGGAUAGACCCUUAUCGAUGA